AUGGCGAAAGAUAAGGCUCGAAAGAAGCGAUCCGAAAAGAGCGCCGAAAAAGUUGAGCGAACAACUGAGAAGAGCAAAACCCAUUACCCAAGUAUGUUUAAUUUUUGGGACAAGAAAAAAGGGAAAACAUCUGACAAGGCUAAGGCAGACUCUCCGGAAAAGACUAGUCAGGAUACUACAAGCACAACAACUACAAGUACAGAAAAAGCAUCGGAAAAGACUUCUCCUAGUCAUUUCAAACACAUGGUUUCUUCCUUUUGGGAAAACAAAGUAGUGAAAAAUCUGGAAAAAAUAGCUCAAAAGGAAGAAAGUAAAGACAGCACGACUGACAAAAGCACGGAAAAGCCAGAAUCUCUUGAAAAGCAUGGCCAAAAAGCGGGGAGUGGCGAAAAGACUGGCCAAGCUACGGACAGCGUGAGUGGAACUAACAAAGAGAAAUCUCCAGAAAAUGUUACUCCUAACCGCUUUGCACACAUGAUUACCUCAUUUUGGGAAAGGAAAAUAGCAAAGACGCCAGAGAAGAGCAUUCAGAAGUUAGGAAGCGCAGAAAAGACUGGCCAGAAAACAGAAAACUCACCGGAGAAAGCAGAAGCCGAAAAAAUUGCGCUAAAAGUAGUAAAGUCUGACGAAAAGGAUGAAAUUAAAAUUAUGAAGACUCCAGAAAAGUCUCUGGUAAUUCAAUAUAAAUGUUGCUUGUAG